AUGGCAGAAAAAUUUAAAUUAGCUGAUGAUAGUCAAAUUAGAUCUUUAACAGAACGUGUAGAAUGCAAAAAAUGUCAUAAGAAACGUUUAUAUUUUUGUUAUGAUUGUCAUGAAUAUUGUGAUGGUAUAAAAGAACUUGUACCUCAAGUACAGUUACCAACAAAAGUGGAUAUAAUUAAACAUAAACUAGAAAGAAAUGGUAAAAGUACAGCAAUAAUGUGUAAAUUAACAGCACCAGAAUCAACAAGAAUUUUUACUCCUGAUGAUUGCCCAAAUUAUAAUGAAGAAAUGAAAAAUGAAAAUAUUGUUUUAGUUUUUCCUUCUAAAAAUUCGAUACCAAUAAAAGAAUAUAUUGAAAAAAAUGGUCCAAUAGAUAGAUUUGUUUUUUUAGAUUCAACAUGGCAACAAACUGGAAGUUUACGAAACCUACGAAAAUUAUCUAAAUUACCAUAUGUAUCAAUGAAGACUUAUAAGACAGAUUAUUGGAGACCACAAUAUAAAUUUGGAGAUGAAUACUUAUCUACUAUAGAAGCUGUUUAUUUUGCUAGUAAAGAGGCGUGGGAAACCAACAAUCUUGAAAAGAAAAGAUUACUAUCCAGAAAAUAG